GGCGGGAGGCGCGUUUUGUCUCAUCCGGCCGCGUCGUGAGUCUGCCGCUAGCCAAAGUCUGCGGGCCGUUAAACCAGCAUUCCGCAAACUCGCCCCCUUUAAAAUGCAUUCUUUGUGUAGACAGUGUGUUGUUUCUUUGUGCUGCUCCCCUUUUUCGUAAACAUCCGAACUGAAGAGGACCUCCCUGGAGUCCUCUUUCUGGUAACCCCAAUGUCUUGUUCGCGCCUACACACGCUGGAUCGCAGAGCUCCCCCCAAAAGAUGUCGCGAUUCCGUUACUCUUUCUCCACUGAAGGCUUAUUCCCCGUGAUAAGCGUUGGAAGAAGUGGCUUUCCUCUCUUCAGAGUGUGCUGUUGAGUCGAGCGCUGCAGCACGUUCAAGAAGCCAGAGACCUGCUCGACCCCCGCGCUUCGGCGCCGCCCCCCCGAGAGCGGGAGCUGAAAAAUGUGUCCUGGACACACGAUUGCUCCCGGAAACUCGAGGCUUUUGCGAGGCAAGUCUCGCUGAAUUACCCCUCGAGAAUGCACCUUCGUCCCUUGUCCAGAGUUUGCAAGCCCUCUACUUUUUAGGCGCCUUGCCCAUGGACAACGAUGACUAAGCUACCGGCGCCGAGUGCAGUUGCGCCCGAAGAAGCGAAUGCCGGUCGCGGAGCUGCUUCAGUGACACAUUUUCAAGAUGAAGAACGAACAGCUCUCUUGGGAGGAUCUGGGCGAUCCAGAGACAAGCCGAGCGACAAAGGCGCCCUGGACAGUUGCCAAGUAGCGACAAGAGGCGACCAGAAAAUUGACCGGAUGCGAACGCAGCAUCGGGAGUAUCUGAAGAAACUGCAUCGGUUAGAGAGGCUGUACACCAGACUGCGAACUGUACGGUGUCUACUCUCUGUUGCGUGGGCUUUCACUCUUUCAGCUCUCCUCGUUAGUGCCCUCGUUCUCUUUCUUUUAGUCUUAUGGGAUCGAGCGGCGUUCUACCAACUCGUGCUGCCAGCGUGCUCGCUGGUGAAGGCUUUCGGAGGCGCUGUUUUGGCGACUGCCCUUCUAGGAACUUUCACGAGCGUUGCACUGUUCCUCGUUUUCAAGGUUGGAACUAUUCUUUUCUUCGUUCCGCUCUACUUACAGUCCAUUCUCCUCGCUGCGCUGCUCGCGGCGGUUUGUGCACAUCCGCUAAAUCUCGUUAACAGUCUCUUGGGGUGUUCUACCGAUGUUCAACUCCCUCUGAACACUGCAGUCUCUUGCCUUUUUCUAGCGUGUGCUCUCUUGCUCAAUGGCAUCUUAGCAGAUACGCCUCACUUCUUUGUCUGGAUUCUUCUGCCUCUGUUGCUGGUCACGCAAGUUUUCGUCCUCAUGUUCCGGUCCCCUCGUCCUCACGGAGGCAGAGCGUCCCACUGCUUUCUCUCCGUUCUUGAGAGCUCACCUUCUUGGAUCGCCUUCUUGGUCCUGCUGGGGCUGCAUGCAAGCCGCGCCGCCGUCUACUACACCGCUUUGCAUCAGAAGAGAAUUUCGUUUUUCCGGCCGCCGGACACACAGAUCAUUCAGUGCCCCCCUCCCUCACUCUUGCCGUCGAAUUCGCUGGACAGUUCCGAGACACAUUUUGCGGUGGAAACGCAUCCGCCAGAAGUUACCAAUGAAGUUCCAGGCAAACGAACUGGUCCUCCAGUUCCCCGCAGCUCUCCAAAUUUGUCUGGCCCCGCGACUGCCACCGCGGCUGCCCGUUCCGCUGGACUAACUGCUCCGUCAAACGAGAAAGCGCACUCUGAACCGCGAACUUGCCGCGAGAACGAGGGAACUUCUGAUCAGCAGACCCUUCACCUUUUUGGAAAAUACAAUGCAUUUGCUCAGCAAAACUUGUGGCGGCAUGGAGUCACAGCAUGCGGGUGUGCGUUGAUUGUUGCGGGCAUCAUUUCACUGUCUGUACACUUCGCUCGCCACACUCCUUCCACUUCUGUUCCUCCGAACCGCAGCUCACUCCAAGAUGUGACUCAUCCCAGUGAGACAGGGGACAUCGAAUCUUUUCUUGAGACGCUCCAGACGCACGCAGCGCUGUCUUCAGUCGAAGAGAGAACUGCGCAGCCCUGCGCUAGAAAAAAGCAGGCAAUGACACCAAGUGACCAGGAUUUGGAAACUCUGCGAUUAACGAGUAGUUUUGCGGAACACCACCGGCGCCGCUCGUCCCACGUGACAGCAGAUGCUCAAGCGAAUGUUUUGAAUGCUCGUGGCCUGUCCCAAAGUCUCUCAGCAAAGAUCAGUGAUGUGGUUCCAACUCAGUUCACACCUAAGUUACGUUGGCACCAGAUGCCCAGAAGGAAUCGAGAACGACGCGAUUCGGCCGCGAAGAACGAUCCACCUGAAGGGUAUCUCCAUGAGGCGCCUGUAACCGCUUUCGCCUUCCUGGCACGGUCGCCUUACCCGUCAGUAAACGAGAAGUUUCCGCUUUACCCAGGAAACGAUAGCCGAGAGGUGACAACAAAGGGGAUCGAGAGGUUCGCGACGUACGGUAUCUCAUUUCUAGGGUCCGGGUCAACCUCACCACACGAUUUCGGGAAACCUGGCCGGGACUCCACCUUGCUUCUCUGCGGUUUAAUUUUUCUCGGAAGUGGCGCCGCGCUUGCGAGCGUCCAACUCGUCUGGCUUCUCGCCUGCUGGAUCGACAAUCUCCUGUUUGCAACCAUGGCGCCGAUAAAUCGCAAUCUCCCCUGUGUGCUCAAGACGCCAGACAUGCCGCUGCCUCCAGGUAAACCGAAACUGGGACCCGCCGGGCCACUGAUUUCGAAGCUGUUGCAAACUGACACGGAAGCGCGUGAACUACGCAAGAGCGAGGAAACCCUGAGUGUGGAUCCGGGACUCGAAACGGACUCAGAGGUUCAGGCAUCCUCCGCCGAUGCGGACUCCUGGCUGGAGAGCUCCGAAUCUACCGACGACUUUGGCAUUACCGAAUGGGAGCAAGAAAUGGACAAGGAACACGUUCAAAAACUAGGUCUCGGAGAAGGCGACAAAGGCACUGGCCUGGAAGGAUAAUGAAACAACCGGCGCCGACCAGCCGGCGGGGAAACCGGGCAUCGCCGCGAAAGAGUUGAGGCGUCACACCCCGAUGUUUACGUUUAGUAUUUUCGUGCAAUGCCACUUUAGCAACACACACCUACGGGGGCUGGCACGGAUUUGUUUUGCAGGAGUCUCUCCAGCGAGCGAACCGAAAACGUUUUGCUCUGUGUCCUGAGCCCAACGUGACUUUGGGUUAUGGGAAGUCUGCAACUGAGUGCCAGGAGCCCCGAUUUUGGUAGAUUGUCCCUGGAGCGGUACUGGAUAUCCCGCAACAGUGAAACGGACCUAGAAAGAACAGACCACUUCUUUGAUGAUCUGAUUUAUUCACGC